CUCCGUGGGGCGCAGAUCGGGUCUCUGCGCAGCUUUGGAACCCGUUGUGGUUGAAGCCUAUAUAUAAUCCGGAAUGAUUGGCUGAAGUAGUUGAUCGGAUAGAAAAUAACCGUGUUUGCAUAACAAGGUCAAAAUAAACUAAAAUGUCUGCCUCUUCCUCAACCGGACUGGCUCGCAGAUUUUCGUAUAUGAAGCGCAGUGGUUUGCUAUGGUUUUUCGGUGCCGUGGCACUGAUGCUGGUGGCCCACAUGAGCCUGGCCAGAGUGCAAAGCGUGAAUUCCUUGGCCCUCAUCGGCGAGACCCGCCUUCCCUUGCCGCCGCCGGAAAACGCGCAUGUGUGCGGCGAAAGGUGCAUCGAGACGUUCAUAGACGAGUUCAUCUUGGGCGACACGAAUUACGAGGACGACGCAGCCGGGGAGGAAGCAGCCGUAGUUGACGCUAAUCCGGAUGAAGAGGAGGACGAGACGCAGGAGGGCGACGAGAAGGACGAGCGAUUUCUCAUGCCGACGCGAGGUCGAGCCGAAAACCAACAUCUCUACAAGCAGGAUGCCGUGCGAGAAGUAACCUGGACGGAGGAGAUGUCCCGGGCGCGAGAGGCUGCGCUGGAGGAGCGACGCAGCAAAGUCGAGGAGCGCUGCAGGACCUUGAACAGCAGCGUCUUCUUGCCAUCUAAGGAGUCGGUGUACAACACUCUCCGCUGGGUCACCGAUUACGACUUCGUGUGGUGCCCCGUCUUCAAG